AUGGCGUAUGGGUCUGCUGUUUCUGUAUAUACUGACCCGGUUAGAGCGUGGGGCGAUUCAUAUAAUGCAAGAAACAAGAUUGUAAUUAAUCUUUUUCUAACAGACACGGAUGCAAACUUUUCCCGUUCACUUGGGUGGGAUCUUGAUCUUACAGCGUACGGGCUUGGUAUACGUACACAUCGAUAUGCACUUGUCGUUCAAGACGGGAUCGUUACCUAUACAGGACUCGAGCCAGAUCCAGGUGCAGUGACAGUUAGUGGAGCACAGGCAGUUCUUGCGGCGCUCUAA